GAAGCCGCUCCUCCUCCUCCUCCUCCUCCUCCUCCUCAUUCUUCCUCUCGCUGUGUUUUACCUCCGGAUGCCUGCCGCUGCACCCGCCUGAGGAUGGAGAAGUACGAGAAGAUCGGGAAGAUAGGCGAGGGCUCGUACGGCGUGGUGUUCAAGUGCAGGAACAAAGACACGGGACAGAUCGUCGCCGUCAAGAAGUUCGUGGAGUCCGAGGACGACCCCAUCAUCAAGAAGAUUGCGCUGAGGGAGAUCAGGAUGCUGAAGCAACUGAAACACGCCAACCUGGUGAAUCUCAUUGAGGUUUUUCGGCGCAAAAGGAAGCUGCACCUCGUCUUUGAGUACUGCGACCACACGGUGCUCAAUGAGCUGGACCGCUACCCCAGAGGCGUCCCCGAGCACCUUGUAAAGAGCAUAACCUGGCAGACGCUCCAAGCUGUCAACUUCUGCCACAAACAAAACUGCAUCCACAGGGACGUGAAGCCGGAGAAUAUCCUCAUCACCAAGCACCAGGUCAUCAAGCUCUGUGACUUUGGCUUUGCCCGGAUACUCACCGGGCCGUGCGACUACUACACGGACUACGUGGCCACCCGCUGGUACCGGGCCCCUGAGCUGCUGGUGGGCGACACCCAGUACGGCCCCCCGGUGGACGUGUGGGCGGUAGGCUGUGUGUUCGCCGAGCUGCUGUCGGGUCUUCCUCUGUGGCCCGGCAAGUCCGACAUGGACCAGCUGUACCUCAUCAGGAAAACACUGGGAGAUCUGAUCCCUCGCCACCAGCAGGUCUUCAGCAACAACCAGUUCUUCAGCGGCGUCUCCAUCCCAGAGCCGCAGGAGAUGGAGCCUCUGGAGCAGAAAUAUCCAAACCUCUCACACCAAGCACUGAGCCUCAUGAAGGGCUGUCUGAGGAUGGACCCGUCGGAGCGGCUGACGUGCGAGCAGCUCCUCGAACAUCCCUACUUCGACAGCUUUCGGGAAAAGAGCGAGAGCACCACCAGAGAGCACGAACGCUCCAUCAAUAAGAGGACACGUUUACCCCGCAAGCACCUCCCACAUGGGUAUUUGCCACAGCUCACCAGCAGCAGCAUCUUCCCAGCCCUGGACAACAAGAAGUACUACAACAACCUGCGCAAGUUCAACUAUCACCUGCCCAACAUCUAAGCUCAGCCGUCGCCCGCGGUGCCCCAACAUCACCGUUUUCUGAAAAUCUCAGGAAAUGCAGCAGAGUCUGGUAGCACCUUGGUUUUACCACAAGCAAGAGGGAUUGAACCACGCUCUUUUUUUUUUAUUAUUAUUAUUUUUUUUUUUCCACAUUCAGUGUGUGGGGUGUCUCUUGUUUGUGAUGUCAGUCUAUGCACUAUUCCCAAAAUGUCCACUUCAAAGACAGUUGGUUUAUGUAUGUUGCCUAGAUUUCGAGCUGAUUUUGUGGUAUUUCGCGUAACUUUGUGUAACGACGAGGAGCGACCUAACGGCUCCGAUUGUAGCUGCUGAGUAGACUGGAGGUGAAACUGAUAAAUACUGCCUUGCCUGGUUUGCCAAAAGUAUUUUUAUAUCUAUAACGAUGGACUCCUUGAGAGCAACAUGUCUUUGGUAGUGCGUUUUAUCUCGCUUAAUUGACUGUCUCAAGUAAGUUAUAAUGUAGGAGGCAAACUUUGACCUUUUGUCAACUAGAGUGACCCGUGAGCAUGCCGAGGAGCUGGAGAUCACACAGGCAGAUUCAUUUUUGACAAUAAUGUUUAUGUUAUAUCAGGAGUGAAUACAAUCCCUAACACACGUUUCCCAUAUUUACAAGGACGCAGUAGCAACAAAAUCACAUACUACACAUUAUCUCUGGAACUUUGGUGCUAAGGAUGUUCACAGCCAUCUCGCUUCUCUCGGAUAUUUUUACAAAUGCCAAAACUCAUCUUAAGGGAUUUGUUUCACAACCUCCUGAAUACUUCAAAUCCUCAGCCUUUUCACAAAUUUGUUUGUCUCUGUGUACCCAUAUAUGGAGUAACCUUUAAUACCUUGAAUGUUGAGAAUAUAAUAAACUAUAUAACAGUUAAUUCUGUCAAACUUUUUUUUUUUAUGUCAGCAUCAUAAAGUGCAAGUUCAACUUUUGCUCCUUUU